AUGAAGUUGACCUCGACUCUGGCAGUUCCAAUCCUUGCGGCUGGCGCAGCGGCCAGUCAACAUGUCGUCAAUCAAACUACCUGCGGCGACAACGCCUAUCAAUAUACCGGCCUUGCAGGAUAUGGUUUUCUUCCUUCCAAUGCGACAGACAAGUACGGCGACACCAUUGGCGGCAUUGGUAGCUCUAUCGCCAUUGACCAGACUUCCUGGCGCAAGUUGGGGGCCGAUGGUUAUGCGGGGACAGUCUAUGCGACCCCGGAUCGCGGCUGGAACACAAACGGCACUCUGAACUAUCAGAAUCGCGUUCACAAAUUCGCCAUCUCCCUCAAACUGGCCCCGAACGCCUCGGCCUCCAACCCCUCCGAGCCCAACAUCCGUCUGAAGUACCUGGACACCAUCCUCCUCACCGGCCCAGAUGGUGAGCCCACCACGGGUCUGGAUGCCGAUUCCACCGGCCACGCCUCAUACCCCGGAUUCCCUCCUCUCCCUGUCGCAACCUAUAAAGGCAACGGAUUCGGCGGUUCAGGCAAGGGUGGCCGCCGCGUCUCUGUAGAUUCAGAGGGCCUGGCACUGGCACCGGACGGCGGAUUCUGGAUCUCCGACGAAUAUGGACCCUACGUCUACAAGUUCAGCGCCGAGGGACGCAUGGAACAGGCCAUCCAGCCCCCUCAGGCCUUCCUGCCCCGACGCAACGGAACUCUCAGCUUCAGCUCCAACACGCCGCCACUCUAUGACCCGUCUGAGGUGCCUGUCCCUGAAUAUACCGAGGCUGGUCGUAACAACAAUCAAGGCUUCGAGGGCGUGACCAUCUCCGCGGAUGGAAAGACCCUCUACACGCUAAUCCAGACCUCGCUGAAUCAAGAGGGCGGUCCAAGCAAGAAGUAUCGUGCGCCAGCUCGUUUGCUCGCGUAUGACAUCUCGGGUCGUACGCCGCGGUAUAUCCAUGAGUGGGUUAUUGUAUUGCCCAAGUAUCAUGAUUACACCGAGACCGAUCCGGCCAAGGAGUAUCCUGUCGCUGGUCAAUCGGAGAUCCAUCAGUUGCCUACGGGUGAUUUCCUGGUUCUGGCGCGCGACUCGGGCUUUGGACGGGGACAAGAGAACACGCGGUCUGUGUAUCGCCACGCGGACGUUUUCUCGGUCUUGCAUUCCAAUGUGUCGGAUAUUAAGGGGGAAAAGGAUUAUGAUUCCGCUACUGGGGCUGUUGCCUCGUCGAAGGGCGUGCUUGAUUCGGAUAUUACCCCUGCGCAGUAUUGUCCGUUCUUGGACUACAAUGUUGAUUCCGAGUUGGCUAAGUUUGGUCUGCACAAUGGUGGCCCGUCGGAUAAGCACCUCCUCAAUGAGAAGUGGGAGAGCUUGGCUGUUGUGCCUGCCGGUCCAAAUGGAGGCAAUGAGUAUAUCCUCAUCAGCUUCAGUGACAAUGACUUUAUUACUCAGGAUGGAUCUAUCAACACUGGAAAGUCGUUCUUGAAGUACAGCGACGAGUCCGGUUUCAACCUUGAUACCCAGAUCCUGGCAUUCCACAUCAAGAUUUAA